AUUGUGGGAUAGAGAUGACCAUCACCGGAUCAGGGCAUAUCCUCGUGAUCAUAGGAACUAAUAACCAAGGGAGGUUUAAUGUGUCACUGAAACAAGACAAGGACAGUUGCAUCAUUCCCCCACCAAAUCUUAGGAUACGAUACACAGAUUGUGAUAAACCUACAGAUUCCAUAUGUGCGGCAAAUACGUUGGAACUCGAAGACAAAUUUAAAAGAGAAAGACUUACUCAGGCUAAGCUAUGUGUGUUAUUACGUGUCUACCUUUUAACGAGAGGCAGUACAGAAAUGAACACAAUUAUUUUGACUCCAAGGAUAGGACAAACUCCAUUUCUCGCGAACCUUCUGAUGCAGCAACAACCAAACUAUGAAUCCUCAUUUCUGAAUACUUAUCAUAAGGGUGAAGUAUUAUGGUUUCCGACUAUGGAGAAUUUAAGUAAAAAUCAAACAGUUCAUUAUACUCUGCAUAAUGAAUCAUCAAAAAUGGUGUACAUCUGGAUUUCUAAAGAUGCAGUUCGAUCUUUAUUCGAAGGUAUUCAAAGACAUGGAAUGCUCCACUAUAAAAUCACCCCUGAGAAGCUCGAAGAGAAAUAUCCCAAUCAAUAUAUGGACUUGGACAUCUACAGUGUGGAGACCCCAAACGUGACAUUUGAGAAGAAUUUGGCGGUCUUGACGUUCUAUACAGUAAUGUUUGUAUACAUUCGGCAUCCAGCACGUAGUACUUCAAUACCAAUUGCCAAAUUGGAUGGAAGUGUUGAUAUACGAAUCAAAGUCUUUAUGAAUGGUUCACUUUUUCAAGGAAACAUCGUUGCGUUUGAACCAUAUCUAAAAAAGAUGGAGUCAACUGUCGAAGGCUUUGAUAUUCAGACAGUGAACUUCAUAUUAACGAGUGCAGUGGUGACAACAGUAGAACCAGUUCUUAACGAGCUCGGAAGAAAUGGAAUACCUUUACCAAUUACAGAUAGAAUAAUUUUGCAAAACAGUACUGUUGACUUAAUUGAGAACGCUAUUGUCAUAGGGAGUGAUGGCAGUUAUAAUCGAACAGAAGAUUAAAUUAUUCCAUGGAUAGAUUGAAAUAUACAGUGGCGCCUCGUUAAUCGGACACCUUGGUUCCGACCGAAAUCUUCCGUUUAAAUUAAUUGUCUAAAUAAACGAAUCAAAAAUA